ACACAGAGGAUUCAUUUACAAGAUACUUCUUUUUUUUUAUAGAAUACUCAUUCAUACUCAUCUUGGAAAUAAUGCCUCAUCAUUUGAAGUACACAAAAUGAAAAGUUAUGAUAAGCUAUUUCUCCUGAUGUGUAAAUCAUGGAAUUAAUACCUCUAUUAGAAUCAUUAUAAUGCCAAUUUACAAACGAUAAAAUAGAUGUAGUCUAAAAAUGGAUUUUGACUUAUAUUUCACUUUCCAUGCCAAAGUAAUGGACUAUAACAAGUGGAAAUGGUUAAUUAAGAAAAAAAAUAUUUUUCAUUACUGAAUAUUGACUACUUAUUUAAUAAACUACUGAAUAAAUUAUUAUAUAUAUCACAUUACAAUGAAGAUAAACAUUUAAGUUAAUCGUUUUUUGUUUGUUUUUUAUUUUACAUUUAUUACAUAACUUUAUAAGAUUGUAAUAAUGUUUACAACUCGACGUGGAUUACUUGCACCACAAAAUACAUUUCUUGAUACAAUCAUAAGAAAAUGUGAUGGACAAAAUUCCUGUUUUCUACUCACUAAUGCACGUAUACUAGACUUUCCAAUUGUAUAUGUUAGUAAUGGAUUUACAAAUCUCACUGAAUUUGGUCGUAUUGAAGUAAUGCAAAAACCUGGUCUAUGUCCAUUUCUUCAUGGACCACAAACAGACAAUUCAAUUAUAAUGACAUUAGAAAAUGCAUUUAAAGAACAAAAAUCUGAACAUGUUGAAGUAAUUUUAUACAAAAAGAAUUUGACCCCAUUAUGUAUUUUGGUUGAAUUAAUUCCAAUUCGUAAUGAUGAAGAUUUGGUAGUGUUAUUUCUUAUCACAUUCAGAGAUUUAACAGCAUUUCGUCAACCAUUGAAAGAAGAAUCUGCUCAGACAUCAGCAUUAGGAGCCUUUGCAGCUGCAAGUGACGCCGGAAGUAGUUGGGGAAAAUUUGCACGUCUAGUAUUUGCUAUGGUAAGACAGAAAGCUGAAAACUCAAUUACAGAUAAUCCAGAAAAAAUAUAUUCACCACAAUUAAAUGUUGAAAAUGAAACAAUUCAAGGUGUUCAAUUGAAAUCCACUGAAAAACAACAAAAUCAACAAUCUUCGGAAUCGGAUAAAAAUAUAAACAACACAAAUGAAUUAACCAUCACCAAUGAUAGCAGUAAUAAUAAUAAUAGUAAUAGUAAUAAUAAAAACGAUGAAAUUGAAUUGAUUAUUCCAUUGAAUCAACGAAAUCAACGUAAAUCAACGAAAUCUUGUCAUCAUUAUUCAGCAUCAAAUAUUAUUGAUAAUCUACCAUCUAAUAUGAUAAGUAGUAGUUAUAUGAAAUCAUUAAAUAAAUUAGAAUCUGGUGAAUUAAAUUUAUAUAAUUUAGAAAUUAAAUCUAGAAAGCAUAAAUAUAAUAUAUUUAAGAAACGAGUAAAUAAAAAGUCCAACAAUACUGUUUUGAAUUCAAAAAAGCUUGGAAAUAUCAAAGGUACAAAUAUAAAUGGAGAUGUAGACGAUCUUUUUAGUAAUCAAUGGUCAGCUCCUGAAUCAGUUCCACGUUAUCGUCCAGAACCACCAUGUCCACCUAAACAUGUACUAUUACAUUACUCAGUUUUUCGAAUUGUAUGGGAUUGGACAAUUUUAUUGCUUACUGGUUACACAGCUAUCAUUGUUCCAUUAAGAGUUGCAGUUAUUCCUCGACCAGCAUGGAUUCCUUCCUCUGAAUCUUUAAGUGUAAGGACAAAUAAUCAAAAAGAAUGGAUUCAUCCAACAACUUUAGAGCUAUUAACUAUAACAGAUGCGAUUACUGAUAUUAUUUUCGGUGUAGAUAUUGUAUUGAAUUUUCAUACAUCUUUUGUUGGAGCCGGUGGUGAGGUGGUUGCUGAUCCUCCAGUUAUUCGAAUGAAUUAUUUGAGCGGUUGGUUUACAUUAGACUUAUUGGCUUGUCUUCCAUAUGAGAUAUUAAAAUAUUGUUGGCCUGUAAAUAACACUGAAGUUUAUUAUCUAAUGGAUGCAUUACGUAUCAUUCGAUUAUUACGAAUAGGACGUGCAGCUAGACGAAUUGAUCAAUAUUUAGAAUAUGUAUCCACAUUAUUAUUAUUAAUGAUUUUAUGUUUUUUUCUAUUAGCACAUUGGUUUGCAUGUGCAUGGUAUGCUGUUGGUAUAUUUGAUAUAGAAAAUAAAAUUUAUUAUGGUUGGAUACCAAGAAUAUAUAAUGAUUCAUUAAAACCACAAAAUUGGGAAGAAUUUACAUUAUAUGAUAAUAGUUUAACAGUAUCUAUGAUAAAUUUAAAUAAAACACAAUUAUUAAAUCAACAUAUUACUAGUGUACAUAAUUCAGUAGUGAAUUUCGCAUUGAUUAAUUCGAAUUCACAAUCAACAUCACCUUCAUAUAUUGAAUCGUCAACAUCAUCAUCACCAUUAUCAUCAUCGCCAUCAUCAUCAGCAUCAUCGAUGAAGUCGAAGAAUCAUUUCUUACAAUUAACUAAUAUUACUAAUUGUUCAAUUAGUAAUAUAUGUAUCAAUGAAACAUUACAAAAUGAUACAACUAUGACUAAAAGUUUAAAACAACAAGAAUAUAAUAAUAAUAAUGUUUAUCAUAUAUUAUCAUCAUCAUCAAAUUUACCUCUACAAAAUUCUAAAGAGAAAUGGACUGCUUAUAUAACAGCAUUAUAUUUUAGUUUAUCAUUACUUACCACAAUUGGAUUUGGUAAUGUAGCCGCAUUUACAGAAAGUGAAAAAUUAUUAUCAAUUUGUUGUAUGCUUAUAGGUGCUUUAGUUUAUGCUACUAUAUUCGGGAAUGUAACAACCAUUGUUCAACAAAUGUAUGCAACACGUACACGAUAUAAUGAAAUGAUGAAAGGAGUUAAAGAUUUUUUAAAAAUUCAUGAAGUUCCAAGAGAGUUAGGUGAACGUGUUAUUGAUUAUAUUACAUCAUCUUGGUCAGUAACCAAAGGAAUUGAUACAGUGAAAGUAUUAAACUAUUGUCCAAAAGAUAUGCAAGCAGAUAUUUCUGUUCAUUUAAAUCGUUGUGUAUUCAAUAGUCAUGCUGCAUUUCGUUUAGCAAGUGAUGGCUGUCGACGUUCAUUAGCUGUUAACUUUCAAACAUUGCAUACAGCACCAGGUGAUUUAAUCUGUCAUCAAGGUGAAAGUGUUGAUCAAUUAUGUUUUAUAGCAAGUGGUACUUUAGAAGUAUUGCAAGAUGAUGAAGUGAUAGCGAUACUCGGGAAAGGUGAUGUUUUUGGUGAUCCAUUAUGGAAGAAUACAGUGUCAGUACCAGCGGCAGCUAGUGUUCGAGCGCUGACUUAUUGUACAUUGCAUACAAUACGAUUAGAUCGUCUACGAGUUGUUUUAAACUUCUAUCAUGCAUUUGCAAAUAGUUUUACAAGAAAUUUAGAGUUAACUUAUAAUUUAUGCAAUAGAGUGAUAUUCCGAAAGUUGUCUGAUGUAAGACGUGAAAUGGAACUUUCAAUGAGAAAUAAAGAGCCACCAUUGAGUUCAUUACCAACAAAUCAUCCAGUAAGAAAAUUAAUCUCUAGAUUUCGUCGAUCAAGUCAAGUUGGAGAUUUAUCUUCUAGGCAGUAUUUAGGUACAAUUGUUUCAUAUAAUACAUCAUUAGAUGGUUCAGAAUUUGAAAAUUCAAGUAUUUCUGAUACAAUGGCCAAUAGUACCGCUGAUAAACCAGGCUCAAUGUGUAAAUCUCCAUUACCAGGCAAUGGUACUUAUAAUGAUCCUAAAAUUACAACUCCAAUGUCGAGUCCCGUUAAAGUAACUCACAAAAACUCUAUUGAUUUACAACCACAAUCAGAACCUCCUGUUGUUACAGCUAGUUCACUGAAAGGUCAAAACCCCGCAAGAAAAUGGGCCCGUCUUAUUUCUAAAGCAACACAACCACCAUUACAUAAUUUAAAUGAAGAACCAAAUGAAGACUCAAGCCGUUUACCGUCAACACAAGCAAAAAAUUUGUCAGAAAUUCAACUGCCUACAAAAUUUCCAGAUGAUCAAAAUUUCACAUCUACACCAGUUACCACAGUUGUAUCACUAACUUCGGAUCAAAAUCCUAUAAUCGUUUCGACACAAACAUUGACAUCAUUUACAUCAUCAAUAAAUACAAUAUCUACAAUUAAUUCUACUAAUCUAACACCAAGUAUACCAUGUCAAGAUUUGCAUAGAAUUGAAUUAAACAUUGAGAAAUGUUUCGAUAAAUUUCAUAUAAAACUUAGUCAACAAAUAAAUGAAAUUGUUAAACGAUUAGAUAGUUUAGAAGGACAAAUUGUUGAGUUACGUAAUACUUUUCAUAAUCCCAAUAAUACAAGUAUAACUGAGUCAAAAAUUGAUCAUUCACAACCGAAUACUCUGAUAUCAACUAAUAAUAAUAAUAGUAAGAAUAAUAAUAAUAACACUGGUAGUACAACAAAUAAUCAUAUCUCCAAGAUAUGUAUCAAAUAAAAACAUGUUCAGUUAAAUGUCAGCUACAACGUUGGAGCUGGCACACAUAUGCAUCGGUCCAAGUCGCCAUGCCUUGAUAGCAGUUAGUUAGCAGUUAAAUAAUAUAAUCAUUCUAUGGAACUAUUGAACUUUGAAACUUCACUAGUCAUAAAACAUAUUCAUUUAGCUGUCUUGAGCCAAGUUGAAUGUCAUGGGUUUUUUAUUUUUAAUCAUUAAACAAACACACUUGAGAAAGUAUAGUUCAAUCAGUAUUAUGUAUAAACAGAAAUGAGUGAAAAAAGUUGAUAUUUGUAAUAUUUUCUAUUUCCACCCCACCCCCCAAAAAAAACAUAUUAAAACAAGAGAUAUCACUAAGUAAUGAAAAAUUGUUUUUUGAAAACAUCCAAUCACAUUUAUGUAUCAGUUUAUGUAUUACAU